UAAGUUGCGCGUGUGUUGUCAGUGGUGAGCCAGACGGCAAUAUUACGUAUUGCGUUUCUUGCAGUGGAUUUGUCCGUCUUGCACUGCUUCCAUGGAAAUAUUAGACGCCAGGUUUAUAUUUGUUACGAAAGUGUACAACGAUAGGCGCUUUUUCACUUUGUUAUUGUUAAGUAAAUAACUUCUCGAAACUAUUCUUCAUCUGAGUGUCAGUGUAAAUAUAACAUUGAUCAUAAAACUAUUGUUAAUAUUUGUAUUACGUUUUGGGACAGUCAGAUUAUUUUUAAGAAAAAUUAUCGAGCAAAGAUGGCUACCACUGACAGUGGACAGGUCAGAUUCAGUGGUCAUACACUGGACAAGGCCAACAAGGCUAAGUUGCACCUUGAGAACUAUUAUUCUAACUUCUUAUCACAACAAAUGGAAAGGAGAAACAGACAAGUAAAGCUAGAGGAGUCAAUGAAUGAAGAAGGACUUUCAGAGAAAGAGAAAAAUGAAAAGAGAAUAAAACAUGCUACGAAGGAGUCUGAAUUUCUUAGACUGAAGAGAUCUCGACUUGGUGUUGAAGAUUUUGAACCUUUGAAGGUGAUUGGUCGGGGUGCCUUUGGAGAAGUACGUCUUGUACAAAAAAAAGAUACAGGGCAUGUUUAUGCUAUGAAAAUUCUAAGGAAAGUAGAUAUGUUAGAGAAAGAACAGGUGGCUCAUGUACGAGCAGAGCGUGACAUUUUGGUACAAGCAGACUAUCAAUGGGUUGUGAAGAUGUAUUACAGUUUUCAAGAUGUUUUUAAUCUCUAUCUCAUAAUGGAGUUUCUACCUGGAGGAGAUAUGAUGACCUUAUUAAUGAAGAAGGACACGUUAACAGAAGAAUGUACUCAGUUUUAUGUAGCAGAAACAGCAUUAGCCAUUGAUUACAUCCAUAAACUAGGUUUCAUUCACAGAGACAUCAAACCAGAUAACUUAUUGCUGGAUGCCAAGGGCCAUGUCAAACUCUCCGACUUUGGGUUGUGUACAGGUCUAAAGAAAUCUCAUAGAACUGAGUUCUAUAGGAACCUCUCUCAAGCCAAACCACUUGAUUUCUCCUCAAAUCCAAUGAAUUCUAGAAGAAAAGCAGAAAGUUGGAAAAGAAAUCGAAGACAGUUAGCCUAUUCUACUGUAGGGACACCUGACUACAUUGCACCUGAAGUGUUCACUAGAGCAGGGUAUAAUAGUUCCUGUGAUUGGUGGUCACUGGGUGUCAUCAUGUAUGAAAUGUUAAUAGGUUAUCCACCAUUUUGUUCAGAUACCCCACAAGAAACCUACAGGAAGGUUAUAAACUGGAGAGAAACAUUGAUGUUUCCCCCAGAGGUACCCAUCUCUAAUGAAUCUAAAGAUCUGAUUCAAGGGUUUUGUUGUGAAGUAGAAAGGAGAAUGGGAAGCAAAGGAGAGUUAGAAGAAAUUAAAGGACAUCCAUUCUUUAAGGGAGUAGAUUGGGAACACAUUAGAGAACGUCCAUCAGCCAUUCCCAUUGACAUCAAAAGUAUUGAUGACACAUCUAAUUUUGAUGAUUUUCCUGAUGUUGACCUACGGAUUCCAGCUGCACCAAGCGCUUUGGAAGAAUCACAGAAGCAGGAAGAUAAAGACUGGGUCUUUGUUAACUACAGUUUCCGAAGAUUUGAAGGUCUUACACAACGUUACAGAAACAUAAAGAAAAGCUAAUUAAUUGUAUUAUAUAUAUAACAAACUCAGGAUCACAGUCAUUAGUCAUUUGAAGUUGAAGAUCAGCUGAAACAAAGUUUCAUGUUGCAUGAACACCUUCUUUUUAUAUACUUGUGUCGUUGUGAAUGGUGGCAUAUACUAAAUCAAAGUUGAUGUUCUGUCAGAUAAACACGACUUCGUUUGUCCUAUUUCCAAAUUCUGAAGCUUUUAUCAGAGUUUGAAAUGCCCUUCAUUAUGGAGAAGCUGAUAAGAACUAUGGUAAAUUUUAAAAAAGUAUUUUUUGUGGUAUUUUAGUGAGUCUGUAAGUGUAUAGUACUUUAGUGAGUCUGUAAGUAUAUAAUAAAUAUUAGGCCUAAUCUCACAUUAUCACUGCCUGAUUUUGUAUGAUAAAGUAGACUUUAACUUUACUGUGAUCAAUCACCGAGUUUAGCCAGGCAUCUCAAUAUAACAAAUCCACUAUUAAGAUCCCUGUUCACCAUCUUUUUUUAUGGACAUAUAUGGUAAUAAUUGGCAUAGUCGUGUAAUUGGUCAAGUAUUUCAGUCAAUGUUUAAGCUCAUCUGUAUUAUUGGUCAUGCUAUAAACUUUGGUAGUAUAAAUGAUUAGAUGUUUUUAGAAGCUCAUCUGUGUAAUUGGUAAGAUCAUAUGUGUCAAUGUAGUUGUUUCUAGAUACAAACUCUUAUUGUUUUAAAGUCCUUUGUUGUAUGGUUAAUCAGAUGCUAUCUACAAUGAUUCGGUAUUGUUACUUGUCAUAAUAUUUGCAUAUCUGAUCAUAAUCAUUAUAGAUUAAAUGAUAAUACUGACUAAUGAAUCGCAGCAAAUGAAAAUCAAAUAAAUGGUUAAUGCAUGGAUGGUCAGUUAUAAUAAUCAGAUUAAAAACACAUUUAACCAUCUUCCACUUGUUGAGUCACUAGAUUACAUUUUUUCUUUUUUUUACUGAUCCCUUUUGGUUUGUUAAUUAAAUUAUAACAGUGGUGGCUAUAUAGUUCAUGAAAACUUAAUAUGAUCUGUGUCCGUUUCUUUAUUGUAAAAUUUACAGUAUUUGAUAUUGAAUAUAAACUUUCUGUUAAAUUCUGUAUUAUGUAAACAUCUUUAACUAUCAUUUCUAAAGAUGGUGUUUUGCUCCAGAAUUAAUUGCUGUUGUUAGAUAAAGUUUUCAAAAUGUUCAAAGGUCAGAAGCGUGAAUUAUCAUGAUUUGAAGCUAAAAACAACAAAUCAUAAUUUGAAAAUAUCUCUUCUCUACCAAAGAAAAAAAAAUAAAUGUAUAGCUUUAGGUAUUUCAUUAUAUGUGUGAGAGAGAUUCUAUGAUUAUUCAUAGAUAAAGACUUGAACAUAUCAAUAAAAAAAAGUAUAAUUUUAAAACUGUAGAAACUUGAGACAUUGAAGAGAUGAGUGUUCAUUAAUUAUUCUAUACAUUUUAAGUCUACUUAUUUAAUAUGGAAAUUUGUAUACAGUUAGUAAAAUUUUAUAUAUGUGAGCAAAGAGUGAUGAGUAAUGAUAGAAAAUACACUUCUUAGACAUGCUGCCAAAUCCAGUAAGAAAAAAAUAAAAGAUAAUUUUAUUCUUAGUGUUUAACUGUGGGACUUUUAGUGUCUAGUCAUAUAGGUUGGUUACGAGUUAUUUUGUUUCAAAACCCUUUUUUACUUUUUAAAACAUAUAAACUCGAUAGGAGACUUAUGUACGCACAAAUUUUCAAAUGUAUUCUUCACAAUCUUUCAGUUUUCAGGUCCAUUAAAAGUUUUAAAAUAUUUUUUACUUGCCAAGCUGCACAGGCUUCAAAAAUACCUUUUACAAUUUUUUUUCUCACAUAAGUGGUCUUAAGAGCUUUAAUGUUUUAUCAUGGUGGGAUUCUGGGAUUUCCUCUAGAAAUGUAAUUGUAUUCUAUUUUGUGUAAACAUAACUAAGGGAUUGUUUUAAAGAAGUUGUUAACAAUAUUGUGUAAUUCCAAACUUUAGUGUUUCUUCUAGUACAAAACACAUUGAAAAAUAAACUUUAUUUGAGCCUGUUUGCCUUUUUUCCUCUAUUACAACAGAUUGAUAGUUGAUAUUUUGGGACAGUCUUGUGGAUUUUCUCCUGUGAGUUUGAUAAAAAAAAAUGUAAUGUUUCUUGUCCUAUGUGUCCUCAUCAUUAUUUAGGCACAAGGCAGUGAAACAGGCAAGGAUUUUAUUCUUUCUUAUACAGACAGUAUUUAAAUAUUUAAUUUCCAAGUAUGUGCAAUACAAGGGAAUGGUGUACAAAAGGAAGAAUGUGGAAGAGAAUUCUAAACAUCUAUUAAAAAAGGAACAUGAUUUCUAUACCAAACUGAUUUAAAAAAUGUUCUAGUUUUUUUAAAAGUAUACUUAGAAAUAGUUUUUUCAUUCAAUGAGAUGAUAAACUGUUGUUGAUAUUUUGCAGUAUAUAUAUAUAUAUGUUUCUUUCUCUUAAUGUUGCCAGAUGGAAGAAAUAUUAAGAAAAUUCUUUGAUACACAAGUUUGCUAAAAAUUCACGUAUUAAAUCUUUAAACAUCCUGGCAUGCACUUGGAAUAAUUAAAUUGAAUAAUUAUGUCCAUACCUAAUUUUUACAUUUUUUUCUAAAUUAUGCUAUUUAGUUUCAAAUUUCAAUAUGAUCUAACUAGUAGAAUAACCUUGGUAACAAAAAAAAUUUUGUUUUUCCUUUUUAUUAGAAAUGGAAAAUUUUUGAUCAAUACCAAAUUGAUGCAAUUUAAAAGCCAUAUGAUUUAAUGAUAUUAAUUUUAUUUAAUUAAAUGCUUCACAGUAUUACAAGUAAUGAAGUGAGCCCUCUAUUGACAUUUUCUCUCUCUUACAUAACGUCAGAACUCUCAUUCACAAACCAUGAUAGUGUGUUAGAAAUGGCAAAGUUGUUUUAUGCCUUCAGAUCUGCUGUAUUUGCCACUGAUAUGGACUAUGCAAGUUAUAUUCAGUUAAUAUAUUGAUACACAUCGCAACGAAAUAACACAAGAAUUCAAAACUCACGUGCAAACAACUAAGUGUAUGUUAAUCAAGCAAAUUACUAAACUGUAAAAAAAAAUGAAAAUUGCUUUCAUAAGGGUGAAUGUUAGAAAUACAUCAAAUGCAUAGUGAUCUCGGCUUCAUUGUUUGAUCCAGCGCCGCGGAGUCAAUGGGGCUGACGAUGCUGCAUCCCUCCCCUCAUCAUUUAUGACUUCAUUUAUUUUCUUAUUAAUCUAAUUUUUUACAAAACGAAAAUAAAUUAAAAUUAUAUUUAAUAGCCCAACUAUUAGAUAUACAAUAGCAAUGUUAUUAAUGAAUGGCUGGCGAUAUUAAGUGACAAACAACCCCCUCUGUAUCGAUUAAAAAUGCAAUAGCACCAGUCAACUGGUGAUUUAUAAAAAUUAUUUGCCUAUGCGAGCACGCGUGUUGUUAGGUGUAAGCACAAUUCACUUUUUGAACACGACUCCAGUAAUAUACAUAAAAUAUAUUUAAAUAUCUAAAGUGCGCCACGUGGCCUGUUCGUAAUGUUAUUAUGUAGGUUUCAGUAAUUACUUGAAUUGAUUCAUGUAAGUUACGGAGUCACUUAACGAGUAACAUUGGAAUAAAUUAUGUUGUUGUCUAGAUACAUUCCAAGAACAGUAAGUACGCUGGACACACUGCAACGUUUUAAUGUGUGUAGUUCUGUAUCAUUCAAGUUAAUUGUGCAGAGAAGGGUAAAGUAUAAACUAAUGUUAGGGUAAUUACUUUAGGUAUAAUAUAAACCAGCUAGUUUGUUGUUGUUGUUGUUCAGUGCAUGUGUUACUCUAGGGUGAUUUGAUUAAAGUUAUAUGCAAGUUUUUUGUAUAAUAUAUGUAUUAUAUUGAUAUAGCGUGUGUGUAGUGCAGAAAUAAAAAAACAACAAAAAGAAA